AUGAGGCGUCUGUACAGGAAGAAAGCCCUGAGUCUGGUGAAGGAGCUGGAUUCCUUCCCCAAGGUCCCAGAGAGCUAUGUUGAGACCACAGCCACAGGGGGGGGCAGCAAAGACUGUGGCACAGGACUCUUGCUGAUUCAGAACAGGCUGAGGGAGGAUCAUUCUCUACAGGAGGUCUUGUACAAGAGUGUUCUAAAGGGAGCCCCUACGGCCUUGCCCCCUAGAGAGGGCACCGCCUCAGAGCCCCUAAGUGCCUGUAGGAUACAUGGGCACGUCUAUGUCAACAAAGUGGCUGGGAACUUCCACAUCACAGUGGGAAAGCCUAUUCAUCACCCUCGUGGCCAUGCUCAUAUAGCAGCUUUUGUAAGCCAUGACACGUACAACUUCUCCCAUCGGAUAGACCAUCUGUCUUUCGGAGAAGAGAUCCCCGGCAUCAUCAAUCCUCUGGACGGGACAGAGAAAAUCACCACAUCUCAUAAUCAGAUGUUCCAGAAUUUCAUUACGGUGGUACCUACCAAACUGCACACGUCCUCUGUGACGGAGAGGGUAAGUCCUGCGCUGUCUGAUUUAGGCACAGAUCUAGGAUCAGCUUACCUUCCCCAAAUCCUCAUAUUAACCAUCAGGGGGAAAGGAUUCCUAUUCCGUGUUGACCAUGAUGGAGGAUGCUGCAGUGGGUUCAGAUGAUGGAUCAGCCUCCUCAUCCAUCCAUCCAGUCCAUUCAGCUCCCUCUGCUGGCUGCCAAAAGUUAGUUCUAGAUCUGCUGCAUAACACCACCACACAACCUGAGACAGUCAUAGAUUUCUCUCUUACAAACACACAUAUUCACAAAAUGAUGGUAAAUCCUUAAAUGUCCUAGUUCCUCUCUACAUUUUCUCUAUAUCCAGGUGGUUCUCCCAGAUGCCCAUGUGAACAACCAUGCUGCUCCGCUCCUGACGGACAACCACAUACAGGAGUAGCCCUCUGACCUGGGCCCAUAUCCAUCUACUCUCCGAGUAGGAGUGCUGAGCUUGGAUCAGUUUUGCCCUUUUGGAUCAUAAUAAAUACGAUUUAUAUGGACAGAUCCUAGAUCCGCACUCCAACUCUGAGACGCUUUGUGGAUAUGGGACCCGGAGCCUGCUGCUGAUCUUGCCCCUACCAUCCCUUCACCUGUGGGGGAAUCCAGGAAGCCAAGUCUCCAAUCACAAGUAUGUGGAUUGCUGGAGUUUGUUUUGAACCAAAUAAGAGUAAACUGCUUAGGAUCCGACAAUCAGAAUUGUUCUAUUUAUUGUUUUUGGGGUGUUGUAAAAUUGUUGUGGACUGUAUCCUCAUAUUACUACCAUUAUAAUAUAUUUAAAUCCUGUAAAUAUGUAUUUUACACAGAAAAAUGGAAAGCAGUUAACUCCCCAGUUUGAUCAGGCUUGUAGUGUGUAAGGGUGUUGGGGCUGGACACUAGACAGUGUUUGCUCCUCCAUGAUAUUACUAUACUAGUGAACCUGCAUUGGUAUGGAUCAUGCAGACAUUGGAAAAUGAUUAACUUGCAUAUCAUGUUUGCUCUAUUACUAUCUAUUUGUACUGUUGUUCAGUAUCUGUUUCACAUGUAAUCUGUCAAUGGGAGAUGUCCUAUUAAACGUGUUUUAGUGCACUUCACCCCUU